AUGGCGCUCCGCGAGUUCAAGGCGCCGGUGAACUACGAGUCGCAGCAGUCGGCGUUCGAGUCUUUUCUCAAGGACUUCAAGACAUCGCCAGAGCACACGCUCACCACCGCCCUCGGCAACAUCACAAUCGACGAAGAUGAACUCAGCGACGACUAUGAUUUCAUGGACGAGGACGACCAGACGCGCGAUCGCCGCCAGCAGGAAAGGGCCAAGCGGAAAACACCCCAGCACAAGUACAACGAUAUGCUGCAGCAGCUCGCCAACCGCAAGCUUGACGAGUUUGCGAUUGAUCUCGACGACAUAGCUACCUGGGAGGAGCAAACAGAUGAGUCCAUGAAGCUCGUGGACUCAAUCGAGAUGAACACCAAGCACUACGUCGAGAUUAUGGCCAGGGCGGUAGACAAUAUUAUGCCGCAGCCUAGCGAAGAGGUCAACUUUAAAAACGAUGUCCUAGACGUUUUGAUGGCCCGACGACAAGCGAGAAACCGGGAACUCGACGAACUGGCAGAGCGAGAUCCCACUACCGCUGAGGACAAGUUUCCGGCCGAGCUGACCCGCCGGUAUACGCUCGUCUUCAGACCUCGGACAAGCACAGGCGAAGACAUCUCCAAGGCAUUGGCUGUCCGACACGUUCGGGGCGAGCACCUUGGUCACCUCAUCACCAUUCGAGCUAUUGCCACACGCGUUUCCGACGUCAAGCCCAUUGUGCAAGUCAGCGCAUAUACUUGUGACCGCUGCGGUUGUGAAAUCUUCCAGCCCAUUUCUGACAAGCAGUUUGGGCCCCUCACCAUGUGCCCCUCGUCUGACUGCAAGAAGAAUCAGGCCAAGGGCCAGCUACACCCCUCCUCCAGGGCCUCCAAGUUUCUACCAUUCCAGGAGGUCAAGGUUCAGGAGCUGGCUGAACAGGUUCCUAUCGGACAGAUUCCCAGAUCCCUUACCGUUCACUGCUUUGGCAGUCUAGUCAGAAAAGUCAACCCUGGUGAUGUCGUUGACAUUUCUGGAAUCUUCUUACCGACGCCUUAUACUGGCUUCAAGGCCAUGAGGGCUGGUCUCAUGACUGAUACGUACCUCGAGGCCCACCACAUUCACCAGCACAAGAAGGCAUACAGUGAGAUGAUUGUCGAUGCACAGCUGGUCCGAAGAAUUGAUCGAUACCGACAGUCGGGCCAGGUUUACGAGCUGCUCGCCAAAUCCAUUGCUCCCGAGAUUUACGGCCACCUGGACAUCAAGAAGGCUCUUCUUCUUCUACUCAUUGGCGGUGUCAACAAGGAAAUGGGUGACGGCAUGAAGAUUCGUGGUGACAUCAACAUCUGCUUAAUGGGUGACCCUGGUGUUGCCAAAUCUCAGCUGCUCAAAUACAUCUCCAAAGUUGCUCCUCGUGGAGUCUACACUUCAGGCCGUGGAAGCAGUGGCGUCGGUCUUACCGCCGCCGUUAUGCGAGACCCAGUUACAGAUGAGAUGGUCUUGGAGGGUGGUGCUCUUGUGUUGGCUGAUAAUGGUAUCUGCUGUAUCGAUGAGUUUGACAAGAUGGACGAGAAUGAUCGUACUGCCAUUCACGAAGUCAUGGAACAGCAAACCAUAUCCAUUUCCAAGGCCGGCAUCUCCACAAGCCUCAACGCCCGUACUUCCAUCCUUGCUGCCGCUAACCCGGUCUAUGGCCGAUACAACCCUCGCAUCUCUCCCGUUGAAAACAUCAACCUCCCUGCUGCGCUCCUGUCCCGUUUCGAUAUUCUUUUCCUGAUCCUCGAUACCCCCACCCGAGACGCCGAUGAGCAGCUUGCCAAGCACGUUACAUACGUGCAUAUGAACAGCCGACACCCCGACCUUGGCACCGACAAUGUCGUCUUCUCCCCGCACGAAGUGCGAUCUUAUGUCGCCCAGGCUCGAACAUACCGACCAGUCGUCCCUGAGUCCGUCUCCGAGUACAUGAUCAAGACAUACGUUCGCCUACGAGACCAACAACAGCGAGCAGAGAAGAAGGGCAAGCAGUUUACACACACCACACCUCGUACGUUGCUUGGUGUGGUCCGUUUGGCCCAAGCUCUCGCUCGUCUCCGCUUCAGCAACCAAGUUACACAAGAUGAUGUUGACGAGGCACUGCGGUUGAUCGAAGCUAGCAAGGACAGCUUGAAUACCGAGUCUAAUGGCCCUCGCCGUGGCCUCAAUGCCAGCAGCAGAAUCUACAAUCUCGUCAAGGCUUUGGCUGAUUCAGGUGCUUGCCGUCCGGAUGACGCUGAUGAGGAUGACGAACUGGGCGUGGAACUCAGCAUGAGGAAGGUCAAGGAACGAGUCAUUGCCAAGGGCUUCACAGAGGACCAGUGGCUGAAUGCCCUGGAGGAGUAUACCACAUUGGACGUUUGGCAAACUGCUGGUGGUGGCUCAAGACUAGUAUUCGUUACUGCGGAUGACGAGAGAGAAGGCAGCAUGGAAGAGUAG